GAAAAAUUAUAUUGAACUAUUUGAAAAUUUUGUGGUGACUUUAAUAUUGUGGGUAAAUUAUUGUCAAUGUCAAAAAUGUCAAUUAAAAGUUCUCUUUAAAAAUGUCACCUUUAAAUCGCUUGAGUAUUUUUAGACUAUAUUAUUAAAUGUUAAUUCUUAAUCUCAUUACUGUAUUAAAUAUAUAAAUUUAAUAUAUAAUGCUGGUUCGACAGCUUAAGUGUAGUGUUCAAAAAUAUUCUACUCACAGAUGUCUUGGACUUGGAAUUUUGUCAUUGUCUGAGAGUAGGAAUUUCUCGAAUCAUAUUGAUUCUUUUGAUCGCGAAGAGAGACUUGAUCGACUUGAUUGUCUGUCUACAUUGCCAUCAGAAGCGAAGGUAGUAAUAUGUGGCGGAGGAGUAAUGGGAGCGGCAGUAGCCUACCACCUAGCCAAGCGAGGUUGGGGGGAGAAAACUAUAUUGAUCGAGAGAGAAUGGGUUGGAGGCGGCAGCCGUUGGUACUCAUCAGGGCUUGUUGGUGAAUUUAAACCAUCACUUGCUCAAGUACGCCUAGCACAGUCAUCUAUUCGACUACUGAAAGAAUUGGAAUCUAAGGGCAGACCAACGGGUUGGAAACAAUGUGGGUCCUUACUUCUUGCACGGACUCGAGAUCGGAUGACAGUUUACAGAAGAAUGAAAAGUCAAUCAGUAUCAUGGGGUAUACCAUGCGAGCUGGUAACCCCAAAACGAUGUCAAGAAAUCUGGCCCAUGCUGAAUGUGGAUGAUAUCCUUGGGGGACUUUGGAUACCAGGAGAUGGAGUUGGUGACCCCCACAUGUUCUGCAUGUCAUUAAUAAAGGAAGCCGUGGAAAACGGCGUAAAAGUUAUGGAGGACUGUGCAGUGACAGGCGUGUCGUCUAAAGAUGGGAAGGUGUCCGGUGUGGAGACCACUCGGGGAUAUCUGCAGUGUCAAUACUUCGUUAACUGUGCUGGUUUCUGGGCGAGGCAGGUGGGGCAGCUUGCAAAACCGCAAGUGAAAGUACCGUUAUUGCCUUGCGAGCACUACUAUCUACAUACUAAGCCCAUCGAUAGUUUGGGUCCUAUGACACCAGUUGUUCGGGACCCUGACGGCUACAUAUAUUUACGCGAAAGGGACGGCUGUCUUUUAGCUGGUGGGUUUGAACCAGUCGCUAAACCCGUUUAUGAAGAAGAAAUUCAGAAAUCAGAGCAACGCCGCGUGGCUGAAGACUGGGAUCAAUUCCACGUGCUCCUGCAAGAGCUUCUGAAGCGCGUCCCAGCCCUAAACCAAGCCGUAUUACACAAACUAUGUAACGGUCUCGAAGCGUUUUCACCGGACUGUAAAUGGAUCGUCGGCGAAACUCCUGAGAUGUCCAAUUAUCACGUAGCCGCUGGUAUGAAAACUGUUGGAAUCUCGGCCGCCGGGGGUGUCGCUGAAGCUACGGUUGAUGAAAUCGUCGACGGUUACACUAAAUACGACAUGUAUGAAUUGCAUAUCAACAGAUUUCUGGGUCUACACAACAACAAAAGGUUUUUAAGAGACCGCGUCAAGGAAGUGCCAAGUGUACACUAUGGUCUACCGUAUCCGUUCCAUGAAUUCGAGACCGGUCGUAAUUUGAGAUUAUCGCCGAUUUAUCCAACACUACGAGACAAUGGUGCUGUGUUCAGUCAAGUAAUGGGUUACGAAAGGCCUACAUGGUUCGAAACUAUUGAUAGCGAAAACAACGAGCCAAUUAGUAAGCCGCUGCCGUUCAAAAUUGCCCACACCAAGACCUUUGGCAAACCACAUUGGUUCGAUAUUGUGCAGCGAGAAUACUGGGCGUGUCGAGAGGCUGUCGGCUUGUCAGACUACUCGUCGUUCACCAAGAUUGAUAUACAGUCCAAAGAUCUAGAAGUAGUAGACCUGCUCCAAAACUUGUGCUCCAACGACGUGGAUGUACCAAUUGGCAGUAUCAUUCAUACGGGCAUGCAAAACGAAAGGGGAGGUUACGAGAACGACUGCAGUCUGGCGCGCAUAUCUGAGAAUCACUACAUGAUGAUAGCGCCAACAAUUCAGCAGACGCGGUGCAAGGUGUGGCUGAAACGCCACCUGCCGUUGGACGGGUCUGUUAGUCUGUCCGACGUGACCUCCAUGUACACUGCCAUCUGUGUCAUGGGGCCCUUCACCAGGAGUCUCAUGUCCGAACUCACCGAUACAGACUUAUCGCCAGCCAACUUCCCAUUCUUCACUUUUAAGGAGUUGGAUGUUGGAUUGGCCAACGGCAUCCGAGCUAUGAACUUGACGCACACUGGGGAGUUAGGCUAUGUGCUGUAUAUACCUAACGAGUUCGCUCUGCACGUGUACAACCGGUUGAUGGCCGAAGGUGAGAAAUAUGGCAUCAGUCACGUGGGGUACUACGCGUCGAGGGCGCUCCGUGUAGAAAAGUUCUUCGCGUUCUGGGGACCAGAUUUGGAUACGAAGACCACACCGCUCGAGUGCGGGCGCACUUGGCGGGUUAAGUUUGAUAAAGACAUACCAUUUAUCGGUCGGGACGCCCUCUUGCGGCAACGGGAUGAAGGUGUGCGUCGCCAGUACGUGCAACUAUUGCUGACCGACCACGACCACGAACUAGACAUGUGGUCAUGGGGAGGCGAGCCGAUAUACCGCGACGGUAAUUACUGCGGUCGUACCACUACCACCAGCUAUGGGUACACUUUCAAAAAACAGGUAUGCCUCGGUUUCGUGCAGAAUAUAGAUGCGGAUGGUAUUGCCCAGCCCGUCACGAACGACUACUUACUCAGCGGCCACUACGAGAUUGAUAUCGGUGGUAUUAGAUAUGCUGCUAAAGUCAACCUGCAUUCACCAAAUCUGCCUACUAAGUAUCCUGAUAAGGAGCGCGAUGUGUACCAAGCUACAAGAAAACUACACGAUCCUCAGCAAUUCCUUGGUAGACAUUACCAACCGUAAUUAUCCCAAAUUUAUUUUGUUAUUAUUACUACAAUAAUGGCAAAAGUCAUAUGUUCCAUACUUUCCUAAUGAUAAUCAUUUCCUAACUUCUGUGAUUGCUAUUAUUGUUGUAAAUAGUUCCUAACAAACGAAGUGUCAAGUCCGCAAUGAUAAAAUAAUAAAUAUAUUCAAUAUUUGUUAUGUUUGAAGAUCGGACUUAGUUUGAAAUAUAACAUUAAUUCAACAUAUAUAAAACCAUAACAGCAUAUUCCAAUAGUAUCAACAUAACAUAAUAAUAAUAAUAAAAUAACGUUGAUACUAUAUGAUAUGUUACGGAUCGUGCUCCUAACUUUUUAUAACAUAUAUAACGUUGAAUUUCAGUGCCUAAAAUCUUCUAGAGUUAGUAAAUGUAUAUAUACCAAACGAUAAAAGAGGCGAAUAUUGGUUUUAAUAAAUUGUUAUUUACAAUUGUACUAAUUUUUGUAGAUAAUCAUUUACAGAAACUUUUUAAUUAUAUUCCAUUACAUUUUUCGUUAUAAACACGUAAAAUGUGAUCACAUAUUAUUAUUACAGCUUCUUUGUAUCUCGUAUUUUCAAAUUUAUCCGAAUCUUUUCUAAUACUUUACUACCUAUUUCUAGAUGAAGAGAUUAUUUUGAUUGUAAAAGGACUGUAAUAGAUUACAAUAAACUGUAGGUUUUCUAUAAUUGUAAAGCUAAUAUGAUUAAUAAUUUAUUUUCAUCUCAAGUUAUUUUAUAGCAUUUAGUAAGACAUUUCUCGGCAAUGUGAAAUAAUACUCAGUAAACUAAUGGAAGAACAACUUUAAUUGUAAUUACUUAUUUAUUUAUGAUGUAGUUCCAUGAAGGUAUACUAUUUAGUGACACUUAUCAUUAAUGCAGCAUUCUUUGUAAUGAAUAAUAUUCUUAUUUAGACCUAUUUUACAACAUUUGCUGAAUAUAGGUCGAAUGAGUAAUGUAAUUCGUAAUAAAUAACUCUUGUCAGUUUGAUAUUCCAAAUUACAAUGAUAACUAACAGUAAACAUUUUAAAUUCCUUAUGAACCUUGAAUGUACGUAUAAUAUACAUAUUUAAUUGUUAUUGUAUGAAAAGACUGAUUCAUUGUUGAUUCUAUCAGAAUUUCGACUAUACAAUUAAAUAUAAAUUAUUAGCUUGUUUGACAAGCGGAUAAUUGUAUCCAUUAUAAAUAUCAUUCGAACAGAUACAGUAGUUAUGUAUCAAAAGACUGAAACUGUUUUAACAAAGUUUGGCACAUUGAAAUUAAAAUUUAUUUCAUAAAUUUUAACAACCGUCACAUAUUGUAAUCUUCUCUUGCCGAAAUUAAACUUAAUUGGUGUUUAUGAAGCUACACCGAUAAUAAAACAAGACGGAUAAUGCGAAAUCACAUCAUGCAAGGGAAGAAUUAUAUAGAAUCAGAUGAUUUAAUUAUUAGGGUUCAAUAUCCGCCAUUUAGCUCGGGAACCCUAAUGACAGUGAUAUUACUAAUAAUAAGAUAUCUUCCUAUAGAACCCUAAGUUAAUUCAUAUAUUAUUUUUAUUUACAAUUAUUAUAAAAGUAUCACUAUUAAUUGUAACGAUUUCUUUGUGCCUAUAUGAUUGCCCUGGCGGCAUGAUAUGAACAGGAUCUUCUCAAAACUAAUUGAGCAUUUUCUGGAAAUUAUAAAAGUUCGGUAUGCUUACUAUGAUCUGUUGCAUACUGAAACUCUUAAAUUUACAUACAUAUAAUGUAUAAAUAACCGUAGU